AGCAGCUGCGGUGGCUCAGUUCUUCUGUAGCUCUCCCUGUCUCCCUUUCGCUUCUGGAAACAUGGCCUCUGGUGUGGCUGUCUCCGAUGCUGUCAUCAAAGUGUUCAAUAACAUGAAAGUGCACAAGUCUUCAGCGCCAGAAGAAGUGAAGAAAUGUAAAAAGGCAGUGCUCUUUUGCCUGAGUGAGGACAAGAACAUCAUCCUGGAGGAGGGCAAGGAGAUUCUGGUAGGAGAUGUGGGGCAGACGGUGGACCACCCCUAUACCACUUUUGUCAAGAUGCUGCCGGACAAGGAUUGCCGCUAUGCUCUCUAUGAUGCAACCUAUGAGACCAAGGAGAGCCAGAAAGAGGACCUGGUGUUCAUCUUCUGGGCCCCUGAGAGUGCACCCCUUAAGAGCAAAAUGAUCUAUGCCAGCUCCAAGGACGCCAUCAAGAAGAAGCUGACAGGAAUCGCAAGCCACCUGCUACGAGGUUUGCUGCACUCUGGCAAACAACUAGGUGGCAGCGCUGUGAUCUCUCUGGAGGGCAAGUCUUUGUGA